ACAAGAAUUGAAUUUAAAGAGUAAUCGCUUUACAGACUUUCCUCACGAUGCAUUAUUCCAUGCUACUUCGCUCGAGGUUUUAGAUUUAUGUCACAAUCAAUUACAAGGCAUUGACUUCUUUAAAUUAGUGGGAUUGCACAAUUUACGGACUCUUAAUGUGUGUCAUAAUCGCAUUUCCGUAUUGAAUGGUUUUGAAUCUCCGUCGCUUAAAAAUUUGAUAAUAAUAAACUUGAGUCACAAUAUGAUAACAGUUCUUCCAUCGAACUUCUUACAACAUUCAAUAUUUUUAAAAGAAAUAGAUCUAUCACACAAUUUUGUUAGGCAUAUUCCUAGUAAUAGUAUGUCAGAAAUGACUUUUCCAGGUGUAAUUGUAUUAAAUAUAUCUUCAAAUUCUAUAAAACAACUGUUAGAAACAUAUCCGAUUCAGCAAUUUCCACAUUUAGAGGAAUUAGUUGUUACAAAUACAAAUUUAUCUAUUAUAACUAGUAAGGAUUUUGAAAACUUUAAUUCUUUAAGGAAACUAGUAUUAACACAUAAUUUAAUUACAUUAAUCUCGCCUAGUGCGUUUUUGAAUUUACAUAAAUUGGAAACGUUGGAUUUAAGUAAAAAUAAAUUAGAAAAUAUUCCUACAGAGAGACUUCAAGGUUUAUACUCAGCUAAAUUAAUAAACAUUUCUCGCAAUACGAUCAGGGAACUGCAGGACUUUGCAUCAGAUUUACAGAUAUUAGAGAUUUUGGACCUAUCUUUUAAUCAUAUCUCGAGAAUAACUAAAGAUGUUUUUCAAAACCUUGCCAACCUCAGAGAACUUUACUUAAGCGACAACUGGCUAUCAAAAAUAGUAUCAGAUAUAUUUUCAAAAUCAAAAACAAUUGCAUAUAUUGAUUUAAGUCGAAACUACUUUCAAAAGAUACCAUUCGAGAUGCUACGUUCUUUAGAAAUGCAGAUUGAAACGAUCGCCUUUGAUGAAAACCCUAUGGCUUGCAACUGCGAAUCGCAAGACCUUUGGAUAUGGAUGCAAGAUCAUAAAAAAAUUACUUUACAAGGAAAUACAAAGCUACGAUGUGAAUAUCCAGAGAAUCUUUAUGGUUUCAGAUUUUUAGAACUCCCGUCUCAGAAACUUUGCGAUAUACCUGUCGUAAUCCGUAUAGCCAUACAGGACAUUCAGACGUAUUCGGUUUUAGUUUCUUGGCACAGUCGUAAUCAAAGUGGCUUAAAUGGAUAUCAAGUAGCAUACUUCAGGGAGCAAAUGCCAACAAUGAAAUACCGCAGUAUCUUCGACGCCCAACGCAAGAAUAGCGUCUCCAUCUAUGGAAAAUUCAGGAAUGAACUUAUAUGGUGA